UUGAUAUAGUUAGAUCAAACCUUACCUAUAUAACAUUAUCUUUCGAAAAUGUCAAUAGUCUUCCACCACCAGCCUUUUCUUUGUGCACAGAUGACGUGCAAUACAAUUUUAACUGUACAAUUUAUGGCAAUACUUCGAUAAAUUGUCCCAACUUAAUCAAAUUCGUAAAUGUUAGCAAUGAUAAUUUAUAUAAUGGAUGGUUUACUAGAUGUUAUGUUUUUCAAACAACUAGCCCAAUCUUUCUUGCCACACCUGAAAUACCACCAAAAAACUGGACUGCCUUCCAAUCCGCUAUGUUCAUUCAAUAUUCAUUUUUCAAUGCAUCGACCAUUUCCAAGAUGCAAUUAAUGGUAUGGAAUCCUUUCGAUUUGCCUGAUAGCGAAGCUUCGGCCACAGAGCUUUCGUCGCUUAAGACGCCACAAAUAUUGAGUCCUUAUAGCUUAACACAAUCCGAUGCCAAUCGUGAGCGAGUGGCAUCUAAUGCCUUUGGAACAAAUAAUAGUGCAAUUGGUCUUAUUCAUUUUAAACCAGGAAGCUUUGAGGUGCCCACAACUCGCGAACAGCCAUUCCUUCAACCAGUUUCCGUAUUUACCAUGUUUAUUGUUCUUGCGGCUGUUUUAUAUUCUACCUAUUACGCGCUAUUAGGAGGUAGAGGCAAAUAUCGAAACUACGGUCUUGCUCACAUUAUCACCAGAUAUUUCCCCCAAAAAUAUAUUGAACGCAAAAACGGCAGAGAUUUAAAACCAACAGCUGAUGACAUUUUAAAAAUAUAUUUGGAUGGUCUUGAUAAAAUAGAUUUUGAUGAUAGUUAA